CCUGUAAAUGUAAUAAGCAAUGCACAUUAUCCCCCUUCACGCUAAGUUAAAUGGUUUAGCCCAGGUUUGAACUUGAACCAGAUUUUCUUCCCCCUUUUGAGUUACGUUCAAAUGCUAACUUGGUUGUUUGAAAGUCAGUCUCUGGUUUAAUUUUCAAUUUGAUGCAUUUUUCUCCUUAGCAAGGGAAGUCAUUCUCCUAAAUCCAGACUCUGGACUCUUUCAGAAAUGUCAAAUCAGAGAGCAGAAGCCUCCAGUGACGCUCCAGCUGACCUCCCCUGUCUGGAAAGAAUUGAGUCACCUACAGGAAGUCCACCCACCACCUCAUUAUCCAGUUUAAUGGAGCUGGAAAAUUGUGUUUCCAACUUGAGCCUUGCUCAUGAGAUAGUGGUGAAUGGAGACUUCUGCUUUGAACCAAGGAGCGAUCCCAACAAUAGUCUUGAGGGCAGAGUAAAGGAGAUUGUUCACCGGGCUUUUUGGGACAGUCUCCAGGAAGAGCUGAACCGCCAGCCUCCGAACUACAACCAUGCAGUUGUUCUUCUGCAGGAGGUCAAAAGUGUGCUUGGCUCGCUGCUCCUGCCUGGUCACAUCAGGCUGCGGGCUCAGCUGGAUGAGGUGUUAGACAUGGAGCUGAUCCGGCAGCAGGUCGAACACAAUGCCCUGGACCUCCACAGACUGGCAGAAUUCAUCAUUCACACGAUGGCGUCUCUGUGUGCUCCUGUGCGUGACCCAGAGGUCAGGGCUCUGCAGGACCUUGAGGGCCCCGUGGAGCUCCUGAGGGGCAUUUUCCAUGUCUUGGGCCUGAUGAAAACUGACAUGAUCAACUUCACCAUCCAGAGCCUCAGGCCUCACCUCAUGCAGCAGGCUGUGCAGUAUGAAAGGGCCAAAUUCCAGCAAAUCCUGGACAAGCAGCCAGCUUCUUUAGAAAACACCACCGCUUGGCUGACAGCCGCAGCGUCAGAAGAGGCGUCGGCGUUCACAGCUCCACCUGACUGUCCCAUCACAGACAACCAGGGUAUCCUCAGUCCCACUGGAGUUCUUAACCGGGCUUACAUGCGUCUGCUCCGCUGGGACCCGCAGGACCAGAAAUACCCUGAGACUGUGUUGAUGGACCGAGCACGUGUGGACCUUUUGAGCCAGCGGCUCCAGCUGCUGGUCCUUGAAGCGUCUGUGCUGCUCUUGACCUGCACUCUGCUUCAGGGCUCUGUGCCUUUCCCGGAAGGGUUUGUAGGUAAACUCAGGCAGUCUGUCACUGCCCUGCUGGAGGGCAGUCACACCAGGGAAGCUGACCUGAAGACGGACUUGCUGGGAGUCGGGGAGAAAGUACUGCAGGAGGUGACUGAAGCUGUGAGCACCCACGGAGCAAGAGCGCUGCCUCAGGAGAGCCAGGAUCUGCUGAGAGGACAGAUAUCAGACCUGUGGAGGCACAACAAUCCUGUUCGCACACUUAUCGGGGAAAGGGUUCAGGGCUUCCUCCUGGCUGUGCUGCAGGGUGGCCCGGCUAAAAGGAGUCCAGAGCUGUCUUUUCCCCUCGGGCUUCUGAGUGCUGAGCUAGCAGAACUGGGAACGGCCUUUGGGCGAAUCAUCCACUUCAACAGAGCAGUAUUCGGUCCCUUCUACGCUCCCAUCCUCAGGAAGCUGUUGCUGCUGCCAGGAGAGGCUGAAACCGGGGAGGACUCUCGCUAACAUGACCCAGAAAAAAA